CAUAUCAGGAGAGUGCAACAAAAUGAAGGGGGAUGGCCUAUUAUAAUUGGUAAGAAAUCAACAAUGAACAAGUUUUAGUUAUCUUCUCUCUUAUUUCAUCCCUAAAUCUCAAUUACAAUAAGGUGGAGCUUCUGACCAUAGAAAAUCUUUAGAACUCAUCUCACUCCCAGUAUUUCUAUCAUUCACAUUUUUUAAGCAAUGUACUUGAAUCCAUUUAUUCUUACAAUAUGGCAAUGAUACAACUACUGUAUUCCUUUUUCAUUCAGUUUUCUUAACAAUGAAUGUAUUUGCAGAGUAUGCUUCAAGAUCAGAUGUCUCGAUGAAUAAAUGGUAGUGUACUUGGGAUCCAUCAUGGUUGCAGUAACAAACUUCUACCCUUGAAAGGUGGUGCAUCCCUCUUUUUAAGGCACUUCAAUUUCCCUACUGUGCUUCACCUUCUCAUCCCCACUGUUGUCAGAGAGAUUUUCAAUCAUUUCAUCAAGAAAAUGCUAAGCUUUAAUUCACUUUUGUAGGACAUGGAUUUUCUUGGAGUUUUUCUGGCAAUUUCUCUAGCCAUAUCAGGUACAAUUUGAGGAUAUGUAUGAAGGUGGAUGGAUAAAGUACUGCUUCAAGGAUCAGUUUGUUGCAUAUCUGUCCAUCACUUCGGUGUUGAGAAAACACUUCAUGGAUGCAUAAUUGAACUGAAAGGGUGGUAGAUGAAGACAAGCAGGGGAAAAAAUUACUGGUUAGUGGCUGCUUUUGGGGAUCAUUCCAAAAAUGAAUUGACUUUCUAAUUACUAUGAUGGUGAUUCAAGAAUUUAUUUUUGACGAUUUAUUGUUGUUGAGAGUUUCUAGCCUUGCCUAGAGAGAAACUUUGUAAUUAAUCUUGACAUACAUUUCAAUGGUGAAAGUUACAUUUGCAGAUUCAGAUGUUUUGUGGUUGUUUUGUUUUCCACGUUAAAAAUUUAAUGUCUUGAGCUUAGUUU